AUGGAUGGCCACACUGUCGCCGGCGCCGGACCGGCCCCGUCCAUGUCCAUGAGUCCUACCAGUCCCAUGAGCAUUCAUCGCCAUGGCUCGAUCAAGCGGAAGCGCAGCAUUGGGGCCGGUCCCGGCGGCAUCGACAGCAGCCCGGGCAGUGCCAUUGGCGACGAAGACAACUCACUGAACGAGCCCUUGGACAAGAAGCGACAGCCGGGAGUGAAGCGGGCGUGCAACGAGUGCCGCCAGCAGAAGUUGCGGUGCGAUGUCGUACAGGACCCGUUUCAGAGCUGCUCACGAUGCAAUCGCCUCAAACUCGACUGCAAGAUCGAAUCCAACUUCAAGCGCGUCGGGAAGAGAUCGAAACACGCCGAGAUGGAGAAGGAGAUCGACCGCUUGCGCCGCAACUUGUCGCAGGCCAAGCAGCAGGGCUUUGUCAUGGAGGACGACGACGACCACGACCUCCAGUCGUCGCAGUUGCAGUCGCCCAUUGCAAACAGCCAAUACUCGCACACACGGAACCCCUCGCUCAUGGGAUCAGACGAGGCCGUCACCUCCCUCCUCACCCUCAAGAGGGGUGGCUCCUAUAGCAUGCCCGCAACCCAUUACGCCUACGAGCUCGAACAGGUGCGCCUCACCGAACAGGACGUCCACGGCCUAUUUCAAGAGUACUUCCACUACUACCACCCUUUUCUGCCCAUGCUCAACGAACACCAAUCUCCCGACCUAUACUACCAACAACACGCGCUACUCUUUUGGACCAUCAUCGCCAUUGCGUCACGCCGAUAUCGCCCGAAACCCAGCAUCUUGCACGAAUUGGCCAGUGGGCCCUUGAACAGACUGUUAUGGGGUACCAUUGGCGACGUCCCGAACAGCUACUUCGUUGUGAAGGCGCUGUGUCUUCUCUGUACGUGGCCGUUGCCGACGAGCACAACGACGGCGGACCCCACUCACAUUUUGGGCGGUGUGAUGAUGAAGGCGGCAACGGGCAUUGGCCUGCAUCGACCAAACCACACGCAGGAUUUUUCGCGAGUUUCUGUUGAGCUCAACAAAGAUCAAUUGCAUGACCGAGUCACCACAUGGGCCGUCUGCAACAUCGUUUCUCAGUCCAUUGGCACUGGCUAUGGUCAGCCCGCCACCACGCUCUACGACUGGACUCUCGCGAUCCGCCCUGGCGAAGACGGUCCCUUCACAUUAUCCCCGGAGCUGGAAGCCAGGUUGAGGAUUGAGAGAUUCUCUGACAAAGUCUCCAAGGAGAUGUACAGUAAUGCUAGCGAUCCGAGAGGUGUCGCCGGUGACGAGCAUAGAGCGAUGCUGAUGCGCGUGUAUCGGCGAGAUUUCCAAGAAUUGCAGGCGUCAAUCCUGUCGCAAGGCUUGUCACCUAUAGUGGAGGUUCAUUUGAAAGCAGCAGCUGUACACCUUCGUCUCGCCGGCUUCUUUGAUUCCAGUGCCACUCCGGGGUAUAUAGAUGACCUCAUGGGCUUGUGGCGAGCCGUGACUGUCUUCUUAGAUCUUCUCUUCGAGGAUUCGAACCAAAACGUCCUGGUCUAUGCCACUAACUACAUCCAGCAAAUGCUUGUCGCCAGCGGCUUCGCCUUGUUGAAGUUGAUGAGGUCUUUCUUUGCCAAGACGAUAGAUUUUGAGAGGGGUAGGACCCUGUUUCAUAGAACCGUCAACGGCAUCCGCCAAACCAGCAUUGAGCACAAUGAUCUGCAGUGGCGUUUGGCUGAGCUCAUGGUUCAGAUGUGGAACGGCGCGCGACUUGACCGCGGCAGCAACUCAUAUCACGACGAUGACACGGCGGUGCCGAUCGAUGACAGCCUGCAACUGAAGGUGCGGUGCCGACAUAGCAUGAGUCUUGUCUACGACUCAAUAUGGCGGUGGCGGGAAGAAUAUCAAGCCUUGGGACGGGGUACACUUGAUGCUCUCAAGCAACCUACUAAUCCGGACUCGGCUAACGACUCUUCAGCGUCAUCAAGCCACAUGGAGAGCACCCUGCUACCCAACAACAACAACAACAACAACAACAACAACAACAAUCUCAGCAGCAUAGGGCCCGUGGCCAACAACGGAGAGUUAACGCCAACGCCCAGUCAUGGUCUCAAUACUGGUGCGAACAGCAUGAUCGGGAUAGGCUAUGGAAGCGAUGCGAACUACGACUUCUUCGACCCCCAACAUUGGAUGCUCGACGGUCUGCUCGACUUCAACUACACGUUUGCUCAACCAUUAGAGGGCAUGUAG